AUGCCCGCCGGGAUGUUCAGCAUCGACAGCAUCCUGUCCGCUUGGCCGAGCUGCAAGGAGCCGCUGCCGCUGCACCGGAGCGGCCCGGUGGUUCUGCCCGCCAGCCUCACGGACUCUCUGUACGCCGACAACAGCGGACUCUACUCCUCCACGUGCGGCCCCUGCGCCGCCGGGGUCCAGCCUCUGGGCGGCACCGCCAUUGAAUAUAACGGCUACUACUACGGCCAGCUGCACGUGCAGCAGGCAGGCGGUGGGCCGCUGUGCUGCGGCUCGGCGGCAGUUGUUUUGACUUUUCGUGUUCUGUGCACGGUUUUCUUCCCGCUCCACACGCUCAACCAGCUGCACUGCCGCUGGAAGCGGAGGCACUGGACCAUCUUCACGGACGAGCAGCUGGAGGCGCUGGAAGGCCUCUUCCAGGAGAUCAAGUACCCGGACGUGGGCAUGCGGGAGCAGCUGGCUCGCAAGGUGCACCUCCGCGAGGAGAAGGUGGAGAUUGACCCUGGAUUUCACAUCAACUUGAAGAAGACAGAUCCUGUACCAGCCUCCACCCACAUGGUCAAUCCAAAGCUUCCUGUUGUGAGACUGCACGGACAGGUCCUGGAGAAUGUGACCCAGUUUCAAUACCUGGGUAGCUGUGUGUUAUCAAACACGGACAUCAGUGAUGAGAUGGAACACAGACUCAACCCACCUCUGUUUAAUCUCUUUGGGGCUGAGCCAACUCUAAAUGCACAGAUCACCUCUUUUCACACAGACAGCAGCGUCAGCGGGGCCGAGCUUCUCCCCCGAGCCCCUGAGCAGACCCUUGCGUCCACGUCUCCCAUGCCCUGA